AUGAUUUGGGAGGGAAUCCAAGCUGCAAAGAUUAAUACAGCACCAGCAUUCAAGAGUGCAGUGACCUCUGCCCUUGUCUCUUUUCGAAAGCUGUCUUUUGUCACAACAUCCACAAUCUCGGCUACAACAGCCACCUUGAUCGGAGCAAUCCAUUAUCAUCUCAGGGCGCAGAAACCAUUUCUCAUUCAAUCUCAAUUCCCGAUAAGCCGUCUUCCACUGCAAUGGAAGGAUAGAGACCUCAUUGUAAAGCUUAAGCUCUUGUUCUGUGUAUUGCACCUGCAUCUUCAGAAGCUGCUCAUUGAUCUCCUCAACUUGAAGCCUGGCACUGCUGCUCGACGAAUCAUCUUCGACAAUCGCAUUCUUUUGUAUGGCUUUGAGUUUGUGACUCCAGGUUUCCUCAAGCUGAUCAGUCCUGCGUAUAGCCUGCUCGGCCCGGAAUAA